GGAAACCCUGUUCCUGUGCAGUCUAUACUUAAAGGGAAGUGAGGACUUACUAUACAGCAAUUUGUUUUUCUUUUCAUGCAGACACCCCAGUCAGCACAUACCCUUCUAGCAUGAACCGCUCAACUGAGCUCUAUUUUCCAAAGGAAAUGGCCCCCGAGGAGUCUGUUGGUGAGGUAGCAGUGGCUUGUGUGAUCCUGAUCUUGUCCUUCCUGGUUGGAGCUCCGGGGAACCUGCUGGUGAUCUGGACUAUCCUGAGACACGUCAAGCAACGCUCUCAUACUGUGGUACUGAUCCUGCACCUGGCUGCUGCAGACCUGCUGGUCCUCAUCACAUUGCCUAUUUGGAUAUACUCCCUGGUGGACACAUGGGUGUUUGGAGAAGCACUGUGCAAGAUUUUGUGGUAUGUCAUCUACGCCUGCAUGUACAGCAGCAUCUUCUUCAUCACCCUUAUGAGUGUGGAGCGCUAUCUAGCCAUCUGUCGUCCAUUUGUGAUGAUGCGCUGGAAGACCAAGAGCACUGUGAACAGAUUUCUUGUACUUUUUUGGCUUCUUGCUUUCCUUCUUGGGGUGCCUGCAUUGUUGACCGGUACUACUGGUGAAACAAAUGGAACUGAGCAGUGUCUAUAUAGGGAGGACACCUCUAAGACCCAAGAAAUUCUGUUUUUAUGCAUGGAGACUUUGGUGGGCUUUGUAAUCCCUUUCACUGUUCUUAGUGUCUGUUACUCUCUAAUAGCUGUGCAGCUCAAGAAAAUGAGGUUCAAGUCAAAACAGAAAUCUAUGGUUCUUAUUCACGCUGUGGUGAUUGCUUUCACAGUGUGCUGGUUGCCUUACCACAUUAUCAACAUUAUUAAUCUGGUUUGCGACCUGCUAUCAGGCGAAGAACAUGGAUGUGUACCACAGAUUGUUAGCCUUGGCUCUGGAGCCCUGACUUUUAUCAGCAGUUCAGUGAAUCCUGUGUUAUACGCCUUCCUUUCAAGAAGCUUCCGAGGGAAUAUGGAGGACUCAAAGCUAGUCAGGCUGUUCAGGGAAGUAACCACUCAAACAAACAAACUCAUGGAGCUGUCAGCACAACAGGAGACUGACCAGGGGGCAGCACAGUCACAGCAAGAGAUACUGUCUGAUUCUCUGUGAAAAUGAUACUGAAAACGUGAAUCUUUGAAACUGUGAAGCUUAAGGAAAUGUGUUUUAUGCAGUUUCAUAAAGAGACUUAUGUGUGAUACGAUAUGGCUGUAUUACUUACAUAUGUUAUACGCACACAUUGUUUAUUCACAUUAACACAAUCUAGUGAAACUAUAAUUUUGUGUGUUUUGUUCCCUUUUUUAUUUUUUUUAAUGAAUUAUACAUUAUAUUAUAUUAUGACCCCUUUUCUCUUUUUAUGUUUGUAUAAUGUGCAAUAAUGAUUAAAUGUGUGAAUGUGUGAUGAAAU